GCGGGGCGUAGUGGGACGGGCUGUGGUUGCCCUUGCUGCGCUGCCGGGGACGCGGAGCAGUCGCGGCUCUCGGCUCGGCAAGACCGAUCGCAGUAGGAGAAGGCCCGAGAGCGGUGCCGAAGUAGCUUCAGCACCAUGCUGUCCCGAGCAGCAUGCAGCACGAGCAGGAGGCUGGCGCCAGCAUUGGGGUGUCUGGGCUCCAGGCAGAAGCACACCCUCCCCGACUUGCCGUACGACUACGGCGCUCUGCAACCCUACAUUGACGCCCAGAUCAUGCAGCUGCACCACAGCAAGCACCACGCGGCCUAUGUGAACAACCUGAACAUCGCGGAGGAGAAGUACCAGGAGGCCCUGGCCAAAGGAGAUCUUACCGCUCAGAUAGCUCUUCAGCCUGCAAUAAAGUUCAACGGUGGAGGUCAUAUCAAUCAUGCCAUUUUUUGGACCAACCUGAGCCCUAAUGGUGGUGGAGAACCCCAAGGGGAGUUGCUGGCAGCCAUCAAACGUGACUUUGGUUCCUUUGACAAGUUUAAGGAGAAGUUGACAGCUGUAUCUGUUGGUGUCCAAGGCUCAGGCUGGGGUUGGCUUGGUUUCAAUAAGGAACAAGGACGCUUACAGAUUGCCGCUUGUUCUAAUCAGGAUCCAUUGCAAGGAACAACAGGGCUUAUCCCACUGCUGGGCAUUGAUGUCUGGGAGCAUGCUUAUUACCUGCAGUAUAAAAACGUCAGACCUGACUACCUGAAAGCUAUUUGGAAUGUCAUCAACUGGGAGAAUGUGACCGAAAGAUACAUGGCUUGCAAAAAGUAAAACAGGAUCAUUAUACUGAGUAUGUUAAGAUCUUGAUGGCUAUUUUUGUAAUAGUAUAGAGUAUUGCAAUAUGCUAAUAAGCUGCUUCAUUAUAGUAUUUCUUGAUGUUACUAUUCACAUAUUUGAUAGUUUUCUUUCACAGAACUAAAAUAGGUAGGCAGUUAUGACUGUCAUCACAAAACCACCAGAGAUGCUCCCUUUCUAUACUUUUAGAGCCUACAGGAAAGGCUUUUUCUUUUUUCGAGACAGGGUCUCAGUUUGUCCCCAGGCUGGAGCGCUGCAGCAUCAUCAUAGCUUACUGCAACUCCAAAUUCCUGGGCUUACCCAAUUUUCCUGCCUCAGCCUCCUGGGGAGCUGAGAUUAGGCAUGCACCACCGUACCUGGCUAAUUGUUUUAUUUUUUUGUAAAGAUGGAGUCUCACUGUGUUGCUCAGGCUGGUCUCAAACUCCUGACCUCCAGCAGUCCUCCUGCCUCGGCCUCCCAAAAUGCUGGGUUUAUAGGCAUAAGCCACCACACCCAGCCCAGUAAAAGCUUUCUAAUCCUGUUUUAUUGCAGUUAGAGAAAAUGUAAUCUUUUACCCAAGUUGUUUAAUGAGAAAAUAUUAAAUAUUUCCUAAGGGGAAAAUUCAGCUUUCUAUAGAAAAUUCCUUUUUUUUUUUUUUGGUAAGUAAUCCUCUGUAGUAGUACUUUUGGUAGAUAACACCCUGUGGUCUUUAAUUAUUUAUGGUUACAUGUUACAGAGGGUUAACACCAUUUUGCCAUUUAAAUACAUGUAAUUUGAUUGUUAAUUGAGAACUGCUUUAUUAUGAGAAAAUGAUAAUUAGGCAUCUAAAUUUUUCUAUAGGUAAAAAUAUAAAAAUGUUGUUUUGUCCUCAAACAUAGAAAUGUGUACUGCUACCUACUUGGUAAAAUCAAUGAUAGAGUUGAGGCCUCUAAAGUGAGGCCUCUAAAUGAUGGAGUUUAGGCCAGUGGAUCACCCUGGCAGGGCACUUGUCCCCACCACCUCAAGAGGAGUAGGCCCAGGCCCAGGCCCAGGCACUACCUUUCCAUGUAGAAAGAAAUUGAAUUCUGGAUAAGGUCAGUGGUGUGACUCCCUGAGGAAUGAUUAUUUUCAAAACAUUUUUUUUUUUUUUUUUUUUAAAUUUCAGAUUAAUAUGGGGCUACCUAUGAUUAGGAUACGUAGUUUGCUUUUGGAGGGUUAAAGUCCGAGGUAUAGGCGUGUCUUUCAUUUGGGAAGUGUGCAAUAUUCCUGUGCAACCUACUCAUUGGGUGGGAAUUUACCCAUCCCCCCAUUUGAAUUUCAUUGAGUUUCCAAAGACAUGUUUUUGAUUUAUUCUGUCCUUUUUCGUGUGUUUUGUUUAUUUUCUUUCAAAGAACAUACAGCUACUCUAGAAGCUUUAUAUUGUUUUUCACUAAAGAGGAAACUGUGUCAAUAAUACAUUCAUGAAGCACGUCAGAUUGUACUCCUGUGUAGUUUCUGCACAGAGGUGAACCCUGUUUGAAUGCGGCAGGCAUCCUUUUUGUAUUCGCCUUAAAAUUAUGCAUUUCCCACAUUGUUUUGUGUUCCUAAUAUCUUAAGUGGCUAUGUAAUAUUUUAUCAAUUGGACACUGCCUAAUUUGUCUUACAAUUCUAUUAAUGAACAUUUAUUUCCAGUAUUUAUUACAAAUAACGCUACAGGGAGCAGCUCUGUGCAGAUAGGUUUUGCCUUCUGUUGGAAUGUUUCCUUUAUGUAGGUUUCUUUUCCCUAAACCUCUGUAGUACCGUUUUCCCAAGUUUACUUUUUUAGCUUUUAGUUUUUCUCAUAAAAAAGAAAAUGGGGUAACUUAGCAGUUUCAAUAUUGAAGACUGAAGUUUAAAAAAAAAAUUAAAUUUAAGGCACUUUUUUUUAGAAUUCAAUUAGAAAAGUGUUUGGGUAUUCUGAAUUGUCAAUGAUGUCGACAUGAGACCAUUGAAAACCAUGUGUGUGUUUGUGUGUAUGUUUUUGCUUGUGGAUGGAAAAAACUUUGGAGACUCUGAUUGCCAUUCUUUAUAUACCAUAAUGAAAGAACUUCUGUGGAGGACAAACAGCAGUCAUGUGAUUACCUUUUGUCUCUAUCAACAAAGAUGGUGACCUGGUAAAACAGACUGGACAAGUGAAUGUUUUGAAAGAUGUGCUUUAAAAUGCAAGUCAUCUGCUAGAUCAUGGUUUGUACUGAACUAACAAAGAUUUGCAGAGACUACUAACAUUGAUUCCUUUUUUGAUUCCUACCAAGAUUUAAAAAAUAUUCAAUGCUGAAAUUUCUUUGGGGCUCUAUUUUUGCUCUCUGUUGAGAGAAUGGGGAAGCAUCCUGUCUCUCACUGAGCUUGUUUUUCCUCCCCACUAGAUAGAUGUUAAGAAGAUAAGAGAAUUUACAACCUGAAGGUGUUAAUCAUCUGGUGGAAAUUAGGACUUUAAGAUUGGUUAGCCCUGUUCUUUAUAACAGAAAAGAAACGUAAAAAGUAAAUUGUCAUUUCUUCCGAAAAGAACGAGACUUGUUCAUCCAAGAAUGUUUUUUGUGACUGAACCAGCAGCACCUACCCUGGUGGUCAUCAUUGUGCUUCCAAAACCUUAGCACUGUUAGUGCUGGAGGAAAACAAGGAAGCAAAACAAAACUGUCUUUCAAAUACUUUCUGUUGCUUGAACUGCAGUGUAAUGAUUAAACUUUUGAUGUUGAGAAAUUACAACUUUAUUGAACACCUCAAAUUCAUGGUCAUAAAGUAAGAUUUGAAUUUCUAUUGAGCACCUUUAAAAAGUCAUAGCAAAACUACAACAUUAAGAUUGAUGUGUAUUGCAAGUCUUGGCAUAAAUAUAAAUUGUAUUUUCUGUUUUAAUUUCAGGAGAACUACUAUUGGGAAAGCUGUUAGGAAAAUGUUUUAUAAAUUUUUCACUGUUUCUUAUUUGCAGUCAUACCCUAAUGAUGCCAGCAAGCUAACAUCCUGUUCUAAGAUGUGCAUCAAGCUAGUACACGCUGAAUAUCCUAUAAGGUCCUGGCUAGAUUUCAAUUAAUUAGUCAUUGAAGAAAGAUUUAUUUUCCUAUUGUAAGUGUGAAGUUUUUGACUAUUAAUAAAAGAUUCUGUCAACCAUCAAA